UGGUUAUACUACAUUUGGAUUUAAGGACAUUUAAGGACAUUUUUUAAAAUGAAUAUGUUUAACAUAAAUAUGUUUGCACUAUGUUGGGUUACCAUGUGAUGUCCGACUUCCUAAUAUCCCAUACUGAACUGAGUAAAAGUAUUUCUAAGAGAAACAAUUUAUUUGAUCUUAUGAAUGUUACCAUUCAGGGAAAAUUGCUGAUAAUAACGAGACAAAAACAUCAAUCUCACCCGCACACACCUCCAUGCAACAACAAAACACCAGCACUACUGCAGGCAAUUUCACUGAACCUAAUAACCAGACAAACACAUCAACCUCACCCGCACACACCACGCAACAACAAAACACCAGCAUCACUGCAGCUACAGGCCUCUCACCCACAAGCACUCCAUCACAAACCCCAUCAAUAACAGUUAAAGGUGUAGGGAAUGACACCACCUCACAUCCAAGCACUGGAUCUCCCACCUCCAUGCACUCCAGCUCAACCUCACCCUCACCCCCACCCACACCCACCACCAUCCUCUCGGGUAACACCACACCAUUUGUGCUCUCUGUACAAAUGAUUACUGUUUAGGUGAUAAAAUUGCAUUAU